GAGAUCUGUCUAGGAGUCAGUUGACAGCGAGGACGCAUGAACAAUGGCUCUCUCUCUGGCCUCCAUGUUAUGGUUGGUGCUCAUACUAGCGGCCUCCUCCAGCAACAGCACCCCUACUGCCACUACUUGGCCUACUGCUACUACUUGGCCUACCUCUAAUAUGACAGAUUGGAGAUGGACAUCCUCACAGUCGUGGUACUGGACAUCAAGCCCUUCCCCAGGUCGAGACCUGACUGGCCGCAUGUUCAGUGUGAUGUCUGGGAGUGUAGUCACAUUCCGCGGCUUCCCCCGUUACCAAGACACCCGGGCGUUCACUGUCUGCCUGCGCAUCAUCAGUGAAUCUGUGCCCGGUACGGCCCUUUUCACCAUGACCAUGAGCAACAGCGCCACCCUGACCGUGAGGUCGACAGCCGACUCGGGGUACGAGCUGACGGUGGGCCAGGCGUCCAAGACACUCUACCCCGUAGCGGAGCUGCCCUUGUUUGGGAAGCUCUAUCCCUGGACCAGCCUGUGUGCCACCUGGGACUCUGCCACAGGCAUGACCCAGAUGUGGAAGGACGGGAAGAUGAGUGUCAGGAAAGGCAUGUGGAGGAGUCAGUCGUUCUAUGGCCCACCUGCAAUGACCCUGUCAGGGUUCGAAGGUCAGGUGACUGACAUUCACGUCUGGGACAAGGCCCUCCCCCUCUCCAGCCUGCGCUCCUACAACCAGGGCUGGGGCUAUCCCUCUGGAAACCUGCUGAGCUGGCGAGAGGCUAGCUACACCUCCCAGGGCUACGCGGUCCUGGAGGAUGCCUAUAGCAGUCAGGUGGCGCUUGGAAAAGAAGAUCGCACUGGGAAGCCGCAGAGGAGGCACUGGAAGAAGCAUGGGAAGCUGGGAUAUGUAGUCCAGGAGGGGCCGGAGAGUGGACAACGUUGUCUGGGUCUGCGGAAGCGCUGUGGGAAGAGUCAGGAGCUGCUGGAGUGAGGAGCACUGCAGGAUCUGGAAGCUUCCGCAGUCAUAUUUAAUCAGUCAAUUUAGCAAUUAUUCAACUACGGUGCUGUCAAAUUCACCAUUUAUACUUUACAUUGAUUAUGUAUUGUAUCAAUUAUAUUUAACUUGCUUUUGAUAAUCUCAAUGUUAAAUCGAACCACGUUGAUAAGCUCUUUGGGUUGCACUCUGUGCAUAUAAAAAUGUGUUAUAUAGAUAAAUGUGACUUGACUUAUCUUAACUAAAUCACUGUGAUAGUAUUCAAGUAAAAAAUAAAACUCUGCUUGUCCUGCUAGGUUGUUUUUUCUGUCAUUAUGUAAGGACUUUCACAACACUUUCACACUAGAGCGUGUUAGGAAGAAAGAGGACAUAUAUGGCUGUAUAAUGUGUGCAUGUAUGGAUGGUGUUUAUUUACCCCUCCUUGUACUACUGCACCUGUGGCACAAGAAUUUUGCCGUAUUGCAAAGUAUAUGCAACAAUAAAAACUUCAAACUUGUAACUAGA